AUGGUUCUUCUCAAGAGCCUGCUGGCUUUUACCGGCCUCGCAACCUUAUCGCUAGCAAAAGGACCUGGUGGCCCUCCACCAACAUACGAUAACUCUGCCGUCCUCGACCUCAUCCCAGAUAACUUCGAUAAGAUUGCCAUCAGUGGAAAGCCGGCUCUUGUCGAAUUCUUUGCACCAUGGUGUGGUCACUGCAAAAACCUCGCUCCCGUCUACGAAGAGUUGGCACAAAACUUCGCCUUUGCCAAGGACAAGAUUAGCAUUGCAAAGGUCAAUGCUGAUGCUGAGAAGUCUCUGGGCAAGAGAUUCGGCAUCCAAGGUUUCCCAACGAUCAAAUAUUUCGAUGGCAAGAGCGACAAGCCAGAGGAUUACAGUGGUGGCAGAGAUUUGGAGAGCUUGACCGAGUUCAUCUCUAAGAAGACUGGUGUGAAGCCCAGGACCAAGAAGGCUGCCCCAAGCUCGGUUGAGAUGUUGAGCGACAAGACUUUCAAGGAGCAAAUUGGCGGAGACAAGGACGUUCUGGUUGCUUUCACUGCUCCAUGGUGCGGACACUGCAAAUCCCUUGCUCCAAUCUGGGAGAAGGUUGCUGCCGAUUUCGUCAACGAGCCCAAUGUUCUUGUAGCCAAAGUUGAUGCCGAAGCCGAGAACUCGAAGGCCACUGCUAAAGACCAGGGCGUUUCCUCGUACCCAACCAUUAAAUUCUUCCCCAAGGGCGCCACAGAGCCAGUCGCAUACGAGGGUGGACGUACUGAGGGCGAUUUCGUUACAUACUUGAACGAAAAAGCUGGCACACACAGAGUUAUCGGUGGUGGACUUGAUGCUACUGCCGGCACGAUCGAGGCUCUUGAUGCUCUCGUUUCCAAGUUUACUGGUGGAUCUAGCAUUUCUGAGGUUGCUGCUGAAGCUACCAAGGCUGCUGCUGAUUUCAAGGAGCAAGCCCAGUACAAGUACGCCGAGUACUAUGUUAAGGUCUUUGACAAGAUGUCUAAGAGUGACGGGUAUGCUGCUAAGGAGUUGGCUCGCUUGGACAACAUCUUGAAGAAGGGAGGUCUGGCACCAGCUAAGCUUGAUGAGUUCACCAGCAAGACCAACAUCUUGAGAAGAUUUGUCGACAAGGUUACUGGUGGUAAGUCUGAAUUGUAAAUAACAGAAUCCGUGUGGGUACUCUUGGGUGGGAUUUCGCAAGCAAAAUUGAUCUCGGGGGAGGCGUUUUGAAUUGAGGAUUUUUGCAAAAGUACUACUAUCCCCAUGUCCAAGUCUACGGUGAACGGUAUGCCAUAAUGUCCCGAAUGUCCUCAAAGCGCCGCCCAAUAAUUAUCAAGCUCCCAUUGUCUGAAAUCCAUGUGUACUCCUGAGCGCCUCUAAUGUUCCCACACGUCCCUGAUCAUUGUGGCUUUGUCGGGCUACUCCUCCCAUCGUUCUGCCCACCACUCUGCAGUUGGGUCUCCAAAUUAUCUAGCCGUCUCGACAUUUCGUCCA